AUGGCGAAACACACAAACAUUCCUGCCGGUAGUGCAAACUUUGCAGAAAUGCAGAUCAAAACGGGUCGCUUCAUGUUCUUCAUAACACGUCUCACCGAAAACACAAACCUCGCAGUCACCAUCCCGCCUUCCGAACAGGUCUUCAACGCAGCCCGCGUGAACAUCUUUCAAGUACGACCCAAAUUCGCCGAACUCGACAUCACCGCCAAACCUAGACCUCCGAUUCAGACUGCGUUUGCAGGGAGCGCGGAUACGAGCGACAGCACAGAUAAAGGGAAGCAGAAGGAAGUAGGAUACGGAAAUGGCGUCUAG